CUUCUGGAUCUGCCAGGGCUCCGCGGCGACGAGAAAGGGGAUAAAAUCCUUACCUCUGAGCUAAACAAAGCCGAUAUAAUCUUGUUUUUUACCAGUGGCCAACAAGGACGAGGCGUUAAAUCGAAUGACCUCGCAGAUAUUUUUCGACAGCAUGGACAGUUCGACGCUUCAUCAAGGCCUAGCCUAGUUCAUGUUGUAAAGGCUGAGGAAUUUAAAGAUGUCGAGAGACUGCGCGACGAGAACGAAAAAGCUCUUCUGGAAGAUGCUUGGCCGGUUUUCUUUGGCGAUGAUGAAAGCAAUAAAUGCUACAGGGAAGCCAGGGAGAAACUUCCUCAGCUCGGUGGAGAAGAGCUACUGACGAAGCUUAAAGAUGAGAGUAAAGUUCUUGUAUUUCAUCCUGAACACGAAGGUUUUUUGGAGCGCUUAAGAAAAAUCAUCAGCAGCCACGUUGAAAACGUAAUCAUCAAGAAGUCUUUCCACCCAUCUCUUAAGAAAGUCCAUAAGCUUGCGAAGGAGCUCAAUAAAGUAAUUUCCCAAAGUAGAGCAAAGGCUAAGGAGCCAGAGCAGAUAAAGAUGGAGCCAGAGCAGAUAAAGAUAGGCCAUCGCCCUCCCCUAGGGGUAUCAUCUGACGACAAAGGGGAAGAAAGCGUUAUUGAUUUGUUUAUUAGCUCUGAAGAGUUCACCCAGCGGGAAAACCUCGGAAGAGUCUUCAAAGGGUUUUUGUAUAAAUUUGAAACCAUUGAAUUUAUCAAAAAGCGAUUAGAGGUUUCCCUCAAAGAUUUCAGUGAGCGCCUUAUCACUUUGUUUGAGAAUAAUUACAAUUCUAAAUCAAUAUCGAUCGCAAGUGGCCUUAAAGAGGUUGUGGACGUGUUCUGCCAAAGCAAAAUUGAACUUUUUAGCGCGAAUAGAUUCAAACCCCUCUACUCCUCGAUUGUGAAAAAAAGGACGCCAACAAACGAUCAAGAGAAGAAGUGGCGGAACUCAACCGAGGAGAUGAGAGAAACCACGCUCAGAGACUAUUUAAAAGAUCUCAUCCACGAAGUCCUUGGUAGAUUGCUCAGAGAGCGAGGUAAAGAAGCAGAUAGUUCACCUUCAAAGGUAAGUGACUCACUGAUGGUUCGUGUGCAAGAUCUACUUGCUAUUACGUCCCUAGAAAGCAAACCUGAUAUUUCAAAGAUUCCCUUGAAAAAAGUGAUUGAUUUUUCGAGGGAGGCCAUUCGUAAGUACAAUCCACAUUUUGACUUGUCCACCCUUGACUCAUAUGAUCAUACCAAAGCUUUUCCUGAAGAAAUGAAGAUGCGUUCUCACGACGUGUUAAAGAUCGCAACGAAAUCUUCUCCCGAACAGAUUGUUAAAGACAUGGAACAGCAACUGUCGUCAGGAAGAGAUGACCUUAUUAGGGAACUAGAAAAAAAAUUAAAGCUCGAGAAACGUUCUCUAGACCCUCCCAGAACAAACCUAAAAGUGGAUGAAGGAAAGUGGCUGUCAGUUCUACUCACUGUGCUUAGUGACCAAGAUCAUUUUGAUGUUCCCCUUGACGAUAAGUUUAAAUUAGAUGAGAAAAGCGAAGCGUCACUUUUGAAUUUCGCUAGAAAGCGCCUUUUUGCCUUCCAAAAGUCACGUGUCAAGUGCGAAAUAGAGGUAACGAACUCCUUCCCUGAAAGAGAAAUUCACGUAGAGAAGCAUAAAGAAUUUCAAAACGUCCUCGCAGCUUCAAUGUCCACUUCAACAAGGAAACUGAUAGAUGAUAUCUGUACGAGCUUUACAAGUUGCCAGGUCCAACUGGCACCUAUAUUCAUUCCCACCAUCCGCCCCGGGCCAGAGCGUUCAAGGACAGGAAAUUAUUUUCUGGAAGAGAAUCCUUGGGAUGCGAGCGAGGAUGAAACGCCCAUAGAAGAAAACUUUGAAGGCAAGCUCAAAUUUAACAUUUUUCUAGUAGUAGAAAAGCAACAUUUGAAAAAAAUUAAGUCUACCAUACAUAAAAAGACUCUACCAUCGGAUAGGGAAAUAAAUUUAACGUACGUUGUCUUGCCUGGAAAUGGACACGGAAUUGGCGUCUCAAGGGCAGUAAUCAAAAGUCUUGCUGAAUGCUUCAAGUUUGAUCUCUACUGGACAAUCGAUGAUGACAUAAAAUUCAUGUACCAGUUCAACGAGGAUGACCGCAAAUGGCAUAAGUGUACGUUUGCCAGAGGACUACUGUUCGGUCAGCGAGUGUUCCACCACUGUCGGCAAACAACCUUUAAACAGCCUUCCCAAGAUGCCAUGGAUGACCUCCGAGAUCAAACUCAGGCGCUUUGGCCUGACCAGGCUAAAACGUCACAAACGUUCAGAGAAGCCCGAAGAUUACUUAGUGAUGAUACUAUAAAGAAAGUAAGGGAUAGCCCAGGUCUCUUACACUCUCCAUUCACUACUGAGAACAUAUCGAAAGAUUGUGAAAGAGGUAAAAUUGGCAGUGAUGAACUCAGCGAAAUUGAGAAAAAGUUUGUAGAGAGCUGCAGGAGCCUUUUAUUUAGUGAAGAAGUCAACCGCAUUGCUGGGGUUUCGAUCGCCCACAAAGCUUCACAGAGGUUUGAUAUCAUAGGUGUGCACCCAAGUGCGCAUUUCAUGCCAAGCAAACAGCGUUACCAAGUCGUUCUUCAUAACACAUGUGCUUUGAAAGAAGUGAACUAUGUCACCGACGACAUGAUUUUCCAUGAAGGUGAAAAUCAAGUCAAAGACCCAAACUGCCGCAACACUCCUUACUGGGGAAUUAGGCAUAGUGACAAGUCAUUCUGUCGUGCCCUUGAAGUCAAAGGUGUCACAGGAUUUCAGGUUAUCUGCGUCAACCACGAACACGAAAAAGAUUUAAUCAACGUUUUCCAAAGGAUUGGUCAUUCGUAUGAAGACUCGAACUCACCCUAUGGAAGUGACAAUCAAAAUUAUGCUUGAAGUACUGACUUAUCAUUACAUGACUACGGACGUCUGAGAAACAAUAAAUAACUCAACUAAGUAGUUUAAUAUUAUCUCCUUGCGGGACAUUGUUCCGAAUUAUCUAAGGUUAUUCGCCGAAGAAAUUUUGCCAUCCUAAACUGAGACAGCGGAGUUCUUCGAAGAUCUUUUUUCUGCGUUUCGUUUUGACGCUCCAUUCCCCAAAUUCAACUUUUUGGCUAUGCUUUGUAAAAGGCCAACUAGUUAACCUUCUGCCAAAUUUGGAUGAUUUUUGGCCCUCUGUGUGGUAUAUAGUCCCUGAAAAGCUCCUGUACACUAUUCUUAUCCUCGAAUGAAGUAAAACAGUAGAAGCUAGCUUGAUUCGCGUUCGUUGAACGGAUGGUAACGUCGAACUUUAUGACUAUUGUCGCUCAUAGUGUUAUAAUUGCAUGCAUCCCGACCAGAUUCAAACACAGAUUGCAAAAACAAUUGUAAAAUAAUUUCGGGGUCGAUCUCGCAGAGGGCUUGACUAAUGCUCGAUAAAUACUGAAUGCUUCAAAAACAUUCUUAAUACUGGCACUUUCAUGCGAGGGCCUGUCUCUGAGCCACAUAUGAAAGGAUAUUCUAACCGUGGGAUACCUUGAGGGGCACCAGAUUUUACAGAGCAAAUGAUGCUCACGGGUUGAAAGGAAGUUGAGUGGAGUUUGGUCACCUUGAAAUAGAGAGGUCGUCAACAAUGUUAAUUGUUGAAAAAAAAUUCUCGAAAAAGAUUACAAAAACAACAGCAGUAACCUCAUGUGUAAUAAAGUAAAAUAGACUUAAGAAGUUAAUUUUGCUAUAUGGUAAGAACGCUGAACGUAAUUUUAUUUUCAGUAUUUUAUUUAAAUCAAGAGAAUAUUAUCUCUUUUCUAAUUAAAUAUAUUUAAGUCGAUUAGCUGUCUAACUUUCAAGUUUUAAUUUGAACGCAAGAAAAGAACCCCUGAUUCGGUUGUCUGUCCAUGAAUGUUAGUUCUCAGUUGAAAAGGUCACGUGUCGUCUUAUUCUUACCAGAGAGAUUCCUACUUAAGUUAGCUGCAGUUCGAUUAAUAAUUUUAGUUUUCAUUGGGUUAGAAAUUCAUUCCUAUACUGAGAUAUUCUCUCACGUUUAGUGUGGGUGUGUUUUAAUGUACAUGUAAAGCAUUUUACAACUUUGGUAAUUUUCUUAUAUCUACUUAGUGUUAAGGUCUAGACCUAGAGUAUCGUUCUGGAAGGUUAUGAAAGUUUAUAACAAAAAAAAAAGAUCAAAAAACGAUUAACAAUGGUAAUAAGACUGAAUGGAGUCCAACU